AUGAAGGGAUCGUUGUCGAACCGUGAUUAUUCGUGCAUAGGCGAAGAAGUGGUAUUGAGGAGAGUUCCGCCUCCAGUCGUUCCAACGAAUCGUUCAGCAAAUGCUUUCGAUAUGCUGCCGGCAAGCAUCAUCUGA